AUGAUCUCGCGGGUUUUCCAAAUUAUACUAAUUUUCCUGGCCCUGGCCCUCGUGCAGUGCGAGUUGGACUGGCAAACUGAAAACGAGGUGGCCGACAAUAAUGUGGCCGACCCAGUGCUCUACCACCCGCGAAUGAUCUACGGCGAGAAUUCCUACUGGACAAACUCCGACGACGAGACCGAACCGCCAUCACGGUACAACGAUGCCCUCUUUGCGAACCCCCACGACUACGGGUUCAAGGCGGCCCUCGGCUACAUGGCAUUGGCGGCGGCCCCCUUGAAUGUGUUCAUCAUUCCAUUUAUCAUCCAGUGUGAGUUGGUUCGUCAUCUUCACCGUCGCCGCCGCCAUGACAUCCACCAGGCCCUUGUCGCGCUCCAAGUCCAGCAGAACCAGCGACGAGAUCAGCUAGGCCGGUUGCAAGGGGCCGGAAGCCCGACGUCGAAAAGCACGAGUGGCAUCUUCUGGAUCCGCAGGAAACUUGCCUGGUUGCGACGCUGCAAAGAGCCGAUCGAGCCGCCACCCACAGCCUCUACAUCUCGCCCCGAACACAAGGACGUUUCGUUUGUUGGCCACGAGUCCGACAUCUGCUACCAGCACGAGACAGUCACCGAGCCGCCCUCUAACGAUGACAUGGUCGACAACAAGCACUCGACGAUUAUCCCGGAAGCAACUGAUGAACCGUCCAACUCUGAAAAUGGCCAGGGCAUCGACGGCGACUCCAUCGAGUGUACGACAAGCCCGGCGCCGGAUGCCUCCACUGUGAAUUGGGGAACACAUGCUACCCGCUGGCUAUCAUCUGUCUGCUGCCUGUCUAUGUUCACCGGAUCAGCCUCCACAAACACUGCGGGCGUGGCCAUGGUCAACGAUGAUGAGCGGAUGGAGAUUGGAAGAGAUGAGCCUAUCGAGCCGCCAUCCACAGCCUCUACAUCUCGCCCCGAACACAAGGACGUUUCGUUUGUUGGCCAAGAGUCCGACAUCUGCUACCAGCACGAGACAGUCACCGAGCCGCCCUCUAACGAUGACAUGGUCGACAACAAGCACUCGACGAUUAUCCCGGAAGCAACUGAUGAACCGUCCAACUCUGAAAAUGGCCAGGGCAUCGACGGCGACUCCAUCGAGUGUACGACAAGCCCGGCGCCGGAUGCCUCCACUGUGAAUUGGGGAACACAUGCUACCCGCUGGCUAUCAUCUGUCUGCUGCCUGUCUAUGUUCACCGGAUCAGCCUCCACAAACACUGCGGGCGUGGCCAUGGUCAACGAUGAUGAUCGCCUAGGGUGGGUGCGCGACUCGUACGCCGAGGGUCGCAGACGCGCAAUGGCACUCGAUUUGUCGGAUGAGACGCUGGCUCGGCUGCACGCGCAUGGAAAACGAAUGGAGGAGUGUGCCGCCAAGAUGGCCAAAGAAGUGGGACUGCUCAUGAAGAAGGUGACGGCGAGUUCUGGUGGCCUGGCGACCGAGUCGGCCCAGUUGGCGCAGCAGUUGUUGGAGAACGCGACGACCGAGAAGCAGUACUUGCAGGAAGUGACCAUUCAGGGCAAAAAGGUUACGCCCGUGCGCGCUUACCAGGAACAGCCGUUUGCCACGACACCGCCCUCCGUCUCGACGCUCACUCCCGAAUUUCUUCUCUGCACGGAUCACGACGAGACGCUGGUCGAGAUGCCGGCCGGAAGGCCGCCAGCGCGUCCCGAUGCUCUCCACCAUCCGGCUCCUGCUCAUCCUCAUGGCGCCGACCAGGCCCCCGAUUCUGCCGGACCCGCUGCCAACCCGAAGAAGCCAAACUUUGCCUUUUUCGCACUGAAAAGCAAGGGACGUUCAUCCGCUUGGGCCAUCAACAGCAGUUCCAGGGGAAAACAUACUGCC